AUGAUGUUGUCCACAAAUAUUAAUACUAUUCCAUUAUUCCUCUAUCUGCUCACCUUUUUUAUUCUAUCACCGGUUCACUCAAUACCAAUAAGAUCAAAACAAUCUUUAUCAUUUGAACCACCAUCAUCCGAAUAUAAACGAUUGGCUACACAGUGUUUUAUUGAUGAUUAUGCAGCAUGGUUAGAGCAACAAAAUGAAUUAAUGGUCUGGCUUGCUUUUGCUAAAUUACUUAAAUUACCUGUAGAAGACAGUGGAUUAUUAAAGCAAGCAUUGGAACAAUUUCGUCUUCAACAUCAAUGUUUACGCGUUAUCGAACGAUUACCUUUGGCUGUUGGACCUGGUUAA